UUCCGUAUUACAUCAUGAUUGCUUUACAGUAGGCAGUUCUCGCAAGAAGUAAAAAUAAUUUUAAUUAACUCAAGUUUUAACAAAGAACUUAGUAUCUAUAAGUUAGUUCUUAUAUAUGAUAAUAAAUAUGGCUGAGGAAAAGCAUGGACAUACGUACUAUCAGUGGAUAUAUGCAAGCAUUGGUAUCCAAGUGUAAACUUCGCGCUAGCAAGCUCAUUCUACAGUUUGGUUGUACGUGCCGGAAUUUCCUUGAAAACCGCACUGUGGAGGCACGCAACACAUACAGAUGCUUCCAUAGGAUUCAUGCUGUACGGCAUGGAAGCAGGGUGGUUGUCUCCAAUAACAAAGACGCUCCAGUCGGAACACUCUCCGCUGGGGUCCCCGCUCUCCAGUUCAACCAUAUCAGUGUGCGCCAGCGUCUCGGCUAUCUCAUCGGCAGUUACCGUCCCUCUGUACUCCUACCUAGUGGACAAAUAUGGACGGAAGUGGAUAAUCUUUGCUAUUACUAUUCCACAAGCGUUGUCCAUACUCAUGAGAAUAAUGUUCCCAAACGUGGUAGUACUCUUGAUAGCCAGGUCUGCCGCUGGUAUCUGCGCCAGCGGGGUUUUCACAACAUGCACGAUCUACACUCGAGAGAUCAGCCAGUCGAACAUGAUCGGAAAGCUGGGGUCGCUCCAAGUUGUGAUGCAGUUCACUGGAUUCUUGAUAAUCUACCUCAUUGGAGCAUUCUUUGAAUAUUUCACAAUAUUAUGGAUAUUUCUCGCUUUUCCAAUUGCAAUGGCAGUUUUGAUGAUCAGCGCGCCCGAAGCGCCCGCUUAUUUGGUGAAGAGAGGAAAGAUUGACGAAGCUUACAAAACAGUUGCUUUCCUGAGGGGUGUAACAAAAGAUGACAAGAUUGUUGUGAAUGAAAUAGAUGAAAUGCAAAAACAAGAAGAAGAAUUCAAGUCUAUAUCCAAGAUCGGAAUUAGAACUAUUCUAAGAGACAAAUCCUGGCGACGAGGACUCAUCAUCAUGCUUGCUACUUUCACUGUUCACGCGUGGAACGGAGCGUUCGCAAUUCUAACUUACGCGUCCGCCAUUUUGUCCUCGACCGGCAAUGUAUUUGACAUAAGUCCAGAGUUACAGACUAUUAGCUUUCCCAUCGUGAUGAUCAUUGCAUCGUUAUCACUGACUGGCAUCGCUGAAAGAUUUGGACGGAGGGUUUUGUUAGCUGCCGGUUUCUUCUUCUCGGCACUCGCUCUAACAGCACUGGGUGUUGCCAUGUUAGUGCAGCAGCAUGGCUACAUGGUGCCGGGCUGGCUGCCGAUCACAUCCAUGAUGGUGGCCUCGGCGAUGUACGCGGGGAGUGUGCGGCCCCUGCCCUAUAUCAUUUCAACUGAGAUGUUCAAUUUUCAGGUCCGUGCCAAAGUCAUGGGCAGCAUCGUGAUGUACGCGUGGCUGGUGGUCGCCACACAACUGUUCGCUUACGGCCCCCUGGCGGACACUCUCGGCUUGCACGGCACGUUCAUCUGCUACGGAUUCAUUAACGUCCUCGGGGUCAUACUGUGUUACGUCAUGCCGGAGACCAAAGAUAAGACGGACGAGGAAAUAAGACACGUGUUGGCUCAUAACACAAAAAGACAAACUGUCAGUCAGCCCACGUAGUGUUUAUCGUCUUUAUUAACGCGAGUGUCACACAUUUUAAUAUUUUUUUAUAUUAUAUGACUAAUAACGCAUUAUUAUGCGAGGACGAGACACCGCUCUAAACUGACACUAACUGACACACUGAUUAUGUUGUCAAUAACACGGAUUUAAAUGGGUUCAACAUUCCCCACGUAGCACUCUAGUAUGUCGUGUAGAUUUAGAAAUACAUGUGAGCUAGAAGAGAAAUGGUGAACGAGAAUUUUACCCAUUUGGCAUUUGUAACUUCAUUCUUAACGCUUCUUCCAAUUCAUAUUGUUCACAUUUGCAGAAAUCUUCGGAAGUUUUUGAGCAAACGAGGCUACAAAUUACCUCGAACGCAAUCAUAAAAUAAUUGUUGUGACAUCCGUCAGUGUGGACACGUCAGUGUUUCAAUAGACGGAAUAACCCCCUCACCUUUAUUUACUUACUCAUUUGUGCUGAUUGUAUUUCACAUGGUACCACAACUACUGUGUUUAAAUUCUUAAAGAAUAUACAACAAUUAAUUUCAAAACAAUACAAAUAUUAGGAGCUUAAACAGUAAAUAUUGUGUUUGUGAUUUUAUCAGCAAUAAUAAACUAUUGUUACCAGACGCAAGUCAAAUAUUGUAUCGAAAUCUUGAGUGGGAUUAAAUUAAAGCAAAUAUGAUAAGUAUAUACGAAUAAA